AUGUUAAGUGAUUAUCUUCGCCACAACAAGACGCUAACUUUGUGGAGAUCCAUGUUUCAAACAUAUUGGAUCAAAAGUAGGAAAAAGAACAAGUUACUGAAAUAUUUGAAACUUCAAUAUUAUAACAUUGGAUCAGACAUAAGAGAAGCAUUUGCGAACGGGCUUUGUAAGGAUUUCUUGAAACAUAAACUUCUUAAAUUUUUCCUAUCUUUUGCGAUUGACGAAAAAGUAGUUGAAAGGGCUACAAUAAUGCCUAUACGUGUGGCUGUUUGCAUUCAUGUUGAAGAUAUCGAUGCAGCAAUUGAAACCAACAAUUCAAUGUCUGAAAAAUAUUUUACACAUGCGUCGCCAACUCUUUUUAACACUAGAACACCACGAUCUCAGCUUCAAGUUGUUUCCUUCUGA